AUGUCACGCAAAGGAGUAGGUCUUGCGGCCUUUGAUCGCUCGAGAAUAACAUCUGCCCAAUAUGCAUCCCAUGGAAAUAAUCUUCGCAGUUCCCAUUCGACAUCCCUUGCUACCCAGCUCUCGGUCUUCCGCUCUCUCCUUCAGCAGUUCGCCCAGACCCAUGCCAAAGACAUCCGUUCAAACCCCAGCUUCCGUGCAGAAUUUGCCCGUAUGUGUUCAGCUAUCGGGGUAGAUCCGUUAGCAAGCAGUAGUGGGGCUGGAGGCAAAGAUGGAGGCGGGAGUUUCUGGGCACAGCUGCUAGGUGGAAGCGUGAAUGACUUCUAUUUCGAGCUGGCCGUAAGAGUUGUCGAAGUCUGUGGGGCAACAAGAGAGGAAAAUGGUGGACUUAUUGGUGUUAAGGAAGUCCGGGAUAGGAUCAUGAGCACCAGAGCUGAGGGAAGUACCGAGAUCACAGAUGAUGAUGUCCUCCGUGCUGUUGGUACUUUGAAACCUCUCGGGUCUUCCUACUCUACCCUUAGGGUCGGCCACAAAGUCUACAUCCGCUCUGUGCCCAAGGAGCUCAACAUCGAUCAAAGUGCGGUGCUGGAGGCAGCGCAGGUACUCGGCUACGUUAGCGUAUCAAUGCUGAUGUUAAAUCUGCGCUGGCCAAGAGCCAGGGCAAAAACCGCCGUCGAUGAUCUUGUUUCAGGGGGUAUGCUCUGGGUAGAUCAGCAGUGCGAAGAAUGGGAGUAUUGGAGUCCUGGAUUUAUGCUCGACGCUGAAGAAAGAGCCAGUGGGCAGUGGUUGGAAUGGGAUACCCAGGAAAAGAUCCUAUCGAAGGAGACCGCGGACCCAACACCCUCUAAUCUCUUCGGGCCUGCCCGCCAAUCAUAA